GUUCAAACACUUGACUUGAGAGGAAGAAAUUUCGGAAAUGGAUACUCAAACGAAGAUUUUGAGGGCGGAAACGUAGGAGGUUCCCAUGAAUUUCCUUUCAUUCAGUUAGAUAUUAUUAAUGCAGCCACAAACCAUUUCUGUGAUAAAAAUAAACUUGGAGAAGGUGGAUUCGGCGCUGUAUACAAGGGUACACUACCAAAUGGUAAGGAAAUUGCAGUUAAAAGGCUCUCGAGAACUUCUGGUCAGGGGUUACUAGAAUUCAAGAAUGAAGUUAUGCUAAUUGCCAGAUUACAACACAAGAAUCUUGUAAGGCUUCUGGGGUGCUGUCUGGAGGACAAUGAAACGUUGUUGGUUUAUGAGUACAUGCCGAACAGAAGCCUCGAUGUCUUCCUUUUUGAUUCAAGCAUGAGUGUGCAAUUGGACUGGCAGAGACGGUUUAGAAUCAUCAUGGGAAUUGCUCGGGGCAUCAUGUAUUUUCAUGAAGAUUCUCGUCUUAAAAUUAUACAUAGGGACCUUAAAGCAAGCAAUAUUUUGUUGGACAGAGAAAUGAACCCAAAAAUAUCAGAUUUUGGUUUGGCAAGAAUUAUUGGUGGAAAUCAAAGUGAAGCAAACACAGAAAGAGUUGUUGGAACAUACGGAUACAUGGCACCAGAGUAUGUUAUGGAAGGACUAUUUUCUGUCAAAUCUGAUGUGUUCAGCUUUGGUGUCCUAUUGCUAGAGAUCAUAAGCGGGAAGAAAACUAAUGGAUUUUACUUUUAUGAACGCGGUGAAAGCCUUCUAACCUUUGCAUGGAAACUAUGGUCUCAAGGUCAAGAAGUGCAGCUGAUAGACCCAGAAAUGGUGCAGUCAUGUGUGGAGUCUGAAGUGCUCAAAUGCAUUCAUAUUGGUUUGUUGUGUGUGCAGAAAGAUCCAGUGGACAGACCCACCAUGUCAUCUGUAAUACUCAUCUUGGGCGGUGAGACCGUAAGACUUCCUAAACCAACAGAACCUGCAUUUUUUGCUGGACGAGUUGUUGCAGAGUCAGCCUCACCGCUCGCAAAAAACAUUGUUUGUUCUAUCAAUGAGGUAACACUUUCAAAUGUGUCGCCUCGUUGAUGUUUGAGAUAUCUCUGCUAUUUUUAAUCAUUUUUUUAAUAAACAAAGAAUUAAGUU